UGGUGUCGGGAGCGCGCCCCGUGCAGUGGGCUCGCCUGCCGCGGCUGCUCUACUGCCUGGCGGGACACACGCACCGACCGGCCGAGGGGCAGCAGCAAUGCCGGCCGCCCGCGUGGACUACAUCGCUCCCUGGUGGGCCGUCUGGCUGCAUAGCUUCCCGCACUUGAACCUGCGCUUGCAGCCUGUGGAUAGCACCUUCCACCCCCAGGACGCCAGUUACCAGGAGUCCCUGCUGUUACUGGGGCUCGUGGCCGGCAUCUGCCUGGGCCUGAACUUGAUCUUCAUCACAGCCUACCUGAUUUGCUUGUGCUGCUGCAACCAGGAUGAGGAGGUGCAGACCAAGCAGCCCAGAUCCUCCUGCAUCACCUGGACCUCCGUGGUGGCUGGUCUCAUCUGCUGUGCUGCAGUGGGAGUUGGUUUCUAUGGAAACAGCGAGACCAAUGAUGGGGUCUACCAAUUGAUCUAUUCCUUGGAUAACGCCAACCACACCUUCUCAGGGAUUGAUGAACUGGUAUCAGGCACCACCCUGAAAAUGAAGGUGAAUCUGGAACAACACUUGGCACGGCUCAGUGAGAUCUUUGCUACCCGGGGGGAUUACAUCCAGACCUUGAAGUUUGUGCAGCAGAUGUCAGGCAACAUCAUCCUACAGCUCUCAGGACUACCUGUGUGGAGGGAUGUCAGCGUGGAACUGACGGAGGUGGCCAACAAGACCACCUAUGUGGAAUAUUACAGGUGGCUCUCUUACCUCUUGCUUUUCAUCUUGGACCUGGUUAUCUGCCUCAUUGCCUGCUUGGGGCUGGCUAAGCACUCCAAGUGUCUCCUAGCUACGAUGCUUUGCUGCGGUGUGCUCACUCUGCUCCUCAGCUGGGCCUCCAUGGCGGCAGACACAGCAGCGGCGGUGGGCACCAGUGACUUCUGUGUAGCUCCAGACAAGUUCAUCCUCAAUGUCACACAGGGCCAGAUGAAUACAGAGAUAACCCGUUACUAUCUGUAUUGCAGCCAGGGGCUGAGUAACCCAUUCCAACAGGCACUGACCAUCUUCCAGCGAUCGUUGACUACGAUGCAGAUCCAAGUCCUCGGCCUCCUGCAGUUUGCGGUGCCCUUGUUCCCCACAGCAGAGAAAGAUCUGCUUGGGAUACAGCUGCUACUGAACUCAUCCGAGUCCAGCCUCCACCAGCUGACUGCCAUGUUAGACUGCAGAGGACUGCACAAGGAUUACCUCGAUGCCUUGAUUGGUAUUUGCUAUGAUGGUGUGGAAGGGCUGCUCUACCUCGGCCUCUUCUCCCUCUUGGCUGCCAUGGCCUUCUCGACUAUGAUCUGUGCAGGGCCUCAGGCCUGGAAAUAUUUGGUUGUCAGGGACCGCAGCUACGAUGACAUCGAUGAAGACGAUCCUUUCAAUCCCCAGGCCCGGCGCAUCGCGGCCCACAACCCGAGCCGGGGGCAGCUCCGAAGCUUUUGCAGCUACAGCAGCAGCCUGGGCAGUCAGACCAGCCUGCACCCCCCAGCGCAGACGGUCUCAAAUGCCCCAGUCUCGGAAUACAUGAACCAAGCGAUGCUCUUUGGUGGGAACCCGCGCUAUGAAAACGUGCCGCUGAUUGGAAGAGCUUCUCCUCCCCCACGGUACUUUGGCCUCCCAAAGCUAAGUCUGGCCCUUUCCCCAAAGUCUCCCUCCUCAACAGCCUUUCCUUGUGAAAGAAGGAGAAGGGGUGGAGAUCCCAUGCUGGUGAUAAUGGAAAUGCAUUUCCUGCUCUCAUUUUUUCCCCUUUUCUCCCUGCAGUACACUCCCACCAUGAGGGCAACAUACCUUUCCGUCACUGAUGAGCACAUGAGGCAUUACGGGAAUGAGUUUCCAGCCCAAUAGUCUUCAAGUGGUUUCUUUUCUUCCUAAUUUUUUUUCCUCUGAAAGAAAAUACAAGCUAUAUUUCUUAAAUAGAAAUUAAAGGAAACUAGAAAAAUGCAUGAACUAAGGGAAUGAAACAAGCUCAACUGAAGAGAGCAUGAGCUGAUGGAACUGAUUCAAGAGAAAGCAGGCUCUAGAGCAAGGCUGGCAUGCUGGAAAAUGGCAGACUACCAACCAUAGGCAGAGAGACGUUGGGGGUCUCUGUGGUGUGCCCCCCUCGAGUGCCUCUCCAUGUUGGAAAUGCCCAAUGGUGGGAACCUAGAAGCUGCUGUUCCUCAAGUUGUACUUCAGCCAUUUUCUUCUUUCAAAGAAAAGAUGGAAGACUUGGACGGGACCAGAUACUGCAGUCCAGAGGACAGAGCUACCCCUCCUUGAACCUUCAUUGAGGACUUUUCUUCUAUCACAUUUUGAUAGUUACUCUGAGUCAAAAGCACAGGUCAUCAGAUCUCUUAAUCUCCUCUUCCCCCUCCUUCCCAACUGCACUGAUUAGGAGAGAUUUUUUUUUUGACCUGUCUGAAAUAGAGGGAAGAACUGUUUUGUUUGGCUUUUUUUUUUAAACUUUUUAAGAAAAGUUAAUGUGAAAUAAGUAGUUUAAUACUAUCCAAAUAAAUAGGCCAUAGGGUCAUGCUGACUCUUUGGUAUCAACAUACCAAUAUAAGUCUUACCAUAUAGAUAUAAAUUUGUUGAGUAUGAAACGUGGAGAUGGGAAUAUGAUAGAGACAGAAAAAAAGGGAUAGUAUUGGAUAGUGCACAUUGAUGAUCUUCCAGGAGAAUUUAAGAUAGGGAUUUGGGACCUCUUUGGCUUCUUCCAUUGUGUACAUGUAUCAUGCAUGUUUGCCAUUGGACACUCACCCUUUCUAUCCAUGCCUUUGACCAACUUGUUUCCUUCAGAUGGAAAUUCUGCUCUGAGUUUAUUAGAUGUGUGGGACUGGUCUCAGGUGUUCAGGGAAACAUUUGGAAAGGUGUAUAAUCCUCUUUUUUUUUUUUUAAAUCAGUUAUCCAAAGGAGAGAAACCUUCAGCACAUUCUUUUAAGAUGUGGGAUUUAGAGUUCCUUUCCUACAUUUAAAAAAUGUAUAUAUAUAUAUACAUAUAUAUUGAUAUUAUUCUUAGUAUUGAUCAAUUCCUCUGAGCUUAGCAGGAUUUUUUUUUUUAAAUAAAAUGCAUGGAAAACUAAGAGUGAGACAUUCACUAAUGCCUAAAAAAAAUCCUGGUUUCAUCCCGCUGAGGGAGAAAGUCUCUUUAAUGAGAGAGACAGCUAACCAGGACAGUGGAACUGAAUUUUCACAUUAAGGGAAGAGCUGAAAGAGGAACAGGUUAUUUUUUCCUGUUUAUUUCCAUGCAAAAUUUUCUCUCUUUUUGAAGAGGAAGCUAUCAGGUCUCACAAAAAAAAAGAAGAAGAAGAAGGAAAAUGUGUCUUCCACUGUGUAACACCUCUUUCUCACCAUUGGCAUAUUUUCCUUCAAACUUUCAUAUAUCAUGCUACCAGCUUUUACUUCCAUUAUGAAAAUAGGCUCUUAAGCCAAGAGGAAAUAAUGACCUACCAUCCUUCCUUUCCUGAGAAUUGAAGGUUAAGGUCUUUGGUGCUUCCAAUCUCCUGCCAACCCAAAGUGCGCACACUCAAGUCCCUUCAGCAACAGAAAUAAAAUUCUGCCUCGGCUGGUGAUUUGGAGACUUCUUGUGGUUUUGGAAGACCUCCCUUGUUGGAAGAAUGAUGCUGAAGGUGUGAAGUAUUGGCUAGCUUACGGUAGGAAAAACCAGCAUUGGCAAGCCAGGCCACUGCAACCCAGGGCUCUUCCUUUGGAGCUACUGGACUAUCAGUGACUCACUGUGUCCCUGUAUUAUACUAACCUGUAUAUACUGUGUACCAUUAAAAACAUCCUUUGUACUUCCAUGACCUUGGGCCAUGUAACUAGGAGCAACUAGUUUCACAAGAUUUUGCUUCUUAACAUUUCAUCGUUGUGACUAGGACAGCUAUUUUUAACGCAUGUAAAUGAAACAUUUUGGGGGGCUCCUGAAGGAGCAAAAUGGGGAAACCUCUGCCUGAUUGUGGGUAGUCCUGCCCAGGAGAAAGAAAUAAAGACUUGUACCGAU